GGGCUUUCUCCCACCCAGGUCUCCUGACUCGAGGAUGCAGCGCGCCGGCCAGUCCACCUUGGGGCCCGAAGCGAGCACACGGAACCGCCCGGUCCGACAGAGGUCAGCCCGGGGCCCGCCAUGCUGGUGACGGCCUACCUCGCCUUGGCCCUCCUGCUGGCAGCCUGCCUGGGGCUGGAGCUGUCAGGAUGCAGGGCCAAACCCCUCAGCAGGGCCUGCUGCAACCCUUCUUUCCUGCGUUUCCAGCUAGACUUCUACCAGGUCUAUUUCCUGGCCCUGGCCGCGGACUGGUUGCAGGCUCCUUAUCUGUAUAAGCUCUACCAACAUUACCACUUCUUGGAGGGCCAGAUCGCCAUCCUUUAUGUCUGCGGCUUGGCCUCCACCGUCCUUUUUGGCCUGGUGGCCUCCUCCCUUGUGGACUGGCUGGGCAGAAAGAAGUCUUGCGUGCUCUUCUCCCUCACCUACUCGCUUUGCUGCAUGACCAAGCUCUCCCAGGACUACUUCAUACUACUCGUGGGCCGAGCUUUAGGGGGGCUGUCUACAGCCCUGCUCUUUUCAGCUUUUGAGUCGUGGUACAUCCAUGAACAUGUCGCGCGUCAUGAUUUUCCUCCCGAGUGGAUCCCCGCCACCUUUGCCCGGGCCGCUUUCUGGAACCAUGCGCUGGCCGUGGUCGCUGGCGUGGCAGCUGAGGUGGUGGCCAGCUGGCUAGGGCUCGGGCCCGUGGCUCCUUUUGUGGCUGCCAUCCCCCUCCUAGCUCUGGCUGGCAUCUUGGCCCUGUGUAACUGGGGAGAGAACUAUGACCGGCAGCGAGCAUUCUUGAGGACCUGUGGAGGGGGUCUUCGCUGCCUCCUGUCAGACCGACGGGUGCUGCUGCUAGGUACCAUCCAAGCCCUGUUUGAAAGUGUUGUGUUCAUCUUUAUCUUCCUCUGGACCCCUGUCCUAGAUCCCCACGGAGCCCCCCUGGGCAUCGUCUUCUCCAGUUUCAUGUCCGCCAGUCUGCUAGGCUCUUCCCUCUAUAGAAUAGCGACCUCCAAGAGGUACCACCUCCAGCCCAUGCAUCUGCUCUCCCUUGCUGUCCUCAUCGUUGUCUUCUCCCUCUUCAUGUUGACUUUUUCCACUAGUCCAGGCCAAGAGAGCCCAGUGGAGUCAUUUGUUGCCUUCCUGCUCAUAGAGUUGGCCUGUGGUUUGUACUUUCCUAGUAUGAGCUUCCUGCGAAGAAAAGUAAUCCCUGAGAUGGAACAGGCUGGAGUGCUUAAUUGGUUCCGGGUCCCCUUGCACCUGCUGGCCUGCUUAGGGCUCCUUGUUCUCCAUGACAGUGACAGAAAAACAGGCACUCGGAACAUGUUCAGCAUCUGCUCGGCCGUCAUGGUCAUGGCCCUGCUGGCUGUGGUGGGGCUCUUCACCGUUGUGAGGCACGAUGCCGAGCUGAGGGUGCCCCCGCCUGCUGGGGAGCCCUAUGCCCCUGAGCUCUGACCCAGACCUGGCCACAACCUGAACUCUUGAAUCCCACUCGCACGAGGUGUACGUAUUUUUUUUGCCCCUGAAUUGUCAUCUUCUUGGCCACGUGGGUUGUAUUGGGACCACUUCCCCUGCCAAGUGCUCUAGGCAGGGAAGAGCAGAGGGGUGAAAUGGACUUGAAAAUCAAGGUGCUGAAAAGGGUCUCCAUGUUACUUCUCAUCAAGACAAAAGAACCUGUUUUAAAAUAAACUCUUUGAGUUGAAUGUUGAUUUGAUUUUUCUUACCCUCCCUUCUAGUUGGUCCAACCUAAAUAGUGGUUAAUAAGUAUAGACUUUUCUUGAAGGAGGCAUGGCUAUGAUAGUACAUAAUCAGAGAUGGGGAAGGUAGAAGAAUCUCCUUAGGAGCUGAAGGGGAGAAACACUGCUUAAUGAUCUGAAAGGAACAAAUCAGUGGGGUCCGGAAUAGCCCUGGGUCCUUCACCUCUCCAUCUGCUUUAAGUUAAUCUCCCUGGCUAUCAGGUCAAGCCCCCAUGCCCUGUGUUGCUGUAGAUAGGGGAUCAAGGCAAAGCUAGAUAAAUGCCCAGCCUAGACUAACUAGGCAAUGUUGUUCUGAGACUGGGAGCUCUAUUGUACUAUUAAAAACCUGGCAAUUCAGUUAUUAAGCAUUGAUUAAACUCUUACUAUGUGCUAGGCACUGUGUUAUGUAUGAGAGAUGCAGAGGCAAAAGUGAAACAAAGGAGACAAUGGAUGUUUAUAAAGCCCAUACAGAAUAAACAGGUAGUUUGGGAAUGAAGGGCAUUAGUGACUGAGGGGAUCGGAAAAGGCUCCUUGCAGAAUGAACUGACUUAGAGAUUUCAAGAGGUAGAGGAGAGAAGGAAGAGCUUUCUGUGGUUGGGGGACAGCUAGUACGAAGAAAAGCACAGAAAUAAGAGAGGGAGCAUUUGAAGGAUCCCAAAUAGUCAAGUAUGGCCGAACAGGAGACCUUGUAGAGGGGAACAAACAUAUAUAAGACCAGAAAGGUAGGAAGGGGUGAAGGGCUUUCAAUGUCAGUUUUUAUUUUAUCCUAUUCUGAUUUAUCCAAUACAGUUUAUUGAGUACAGGAAUGACAUGAUCAAAUCUUCAAUUUAGGAAAAUUUUUUUUGCAAUUGGUGAAGGGAUUGGAGUAGAGAAAGACUUGAAGCAGGAAGACUAAUAUAAUAGUCUGGGUGAAAAGUGAUAAAAUAAAUGCAAAUUUAAAUAACUGAGAUUUGAUCUCAAGUAAAUUAGCAAAAGUGAUCAAAAUGGACAGUGAAUAUUUUGGGAGCUAUAAAUUGGUCUGAUCUCUCUAGAACAUAGUAUAUAGAAGAGGGCAGUCAUGGGUGGCAAAGCUUCACAGAGGUCAAGAAGAAUAAGAUUUGAGAAGAGACUAUUAGAUUCGGCAAUUAAGAGAUCUUUGAUAACAUUGAGGGAGAACAGUUUCAGUUGAGAGAACCAGAUUGCAAAGUAUUUAGAAGAGAGAAUGGAAGUAGAGGCAAACAAUUUUAACAGUAGGCCACUAUGACAAACUGUCCUUUCUAAUGAAAUUGUCAUCUUCCCCAUAUACAUCCAAGAGGCCAGCCCUCUUCUUGUCUGAUCACUGACUUUUAAAUCUCACUUUCCAUAAGAAGUCUCUCCCAACCCUCCUAAAUACAUCAUUUUUAAUCCUUGAUUCCUCUAUUCUUCAGGCUUCUUUUAAUUAUUUCCCAUUUAUCCUGCAUACAGCUUGCAUUGUAAAUAUUUGUUUACAUGUUAUCUCCCUUAAGAUUGUAAGCUCCUUGAGGGUAGGGAUUGUCUUUUGCCUUUUUCAGUAUCUACAGUUCUUAGCCCAGUGCCUGGCUCUUUGUAGGUGCUUAAUAAAUAUGGAUUGAUUGAUUGAUUGAA